AUGAAGACUAAUGUGCAUUCGAUCGUCAUGGUCAUAGCUGUGCUAUGUGGACUCUCGUUUAUUGAAGGAUGUUUGGAAAUUGAUGCAUCUUUUAGCACACCAAGAGUGUCAAGUAGCGGGACACAAACAACUCAUUUAAGGUCGGUAAAAUAUAUUUGACGAGGAGUUUUAGAAAAACAGAAGCUAUAUAGGUUAAUAUAUAUCGGCAUGCUGCAUUAUUGAGAUAACAAUCCUAACCUUAAACAAUUAAAACCAAAAGCAUGCACAUGCAGGUGAAAAUUUUUAUGAUCAAAAACAUGUUUGUUGAUCAUAUUUCUCUCGCUACUCUGGUUUAAAUAAAUGACCACAAAGCCCAGUCGAAUUGUAAUCAAGACCCAACGUCUCGACACUCCAGUUACUAGACUCAGGAUCAGGACAGGAUUCUUUUUAACAGUUAGUGAUAUAGCCGGGCGAGAUGAUCACACUCUCGAUAUUUAUCCGUCCGUUCGUUUGUAUCGCCUUUAUUUAACAGCUGCAGCAAUAAUCUGCAGACUUUUGGUGCGACGCAGUUAUCAGUAUUUUACUGUCUAUAAACGAUAGACCUAGACGAUUUUUUUCAUCAAAAAGAGAUCCUACGGUUAUGGCCUUAUAUAGUUAGGUUACGGCCUUAAAUAGUUAUUAAGUUAAACACUAAGUCUUGCUCUGUAACUCUCCCAAGGCACUAUACAGGGUCUAUAAAAAAAAGCGCAAUCCUCGACUGAAAUGUAAAUUGCUAAACAAAUAAUAGACGAAAACGUUAAAGUUUACAUUCAUUUUAAAGCGUAGCCAUUCAGCUUUCUCACAGUGAGUUGUUUCUUAAAUUUGACUCAUUGGUUCGCGGGUAAUAAUACUUUACGUUAUUGCAAUUGGAGAUUAAAAAAAUUGAGAUGGAAUAACAAAUCGUUCUCAUGAAAAUAACUGAUUUUUUCAUAAAAACAAAAAAUGUUGCAUUUUAUUAAAUGGAUUGUAACAAUAAGUAUAAUUACGGCUUUUCUUCCACUAUUUGUAACUCAGUUUGAAACUUCAAAUGCGAUAUAAUUUUGGCUUGGACCAUCUAAGCUGACUGACAUCAACUUGCUAUAAUUUCUGUUUACAUUACAUCGCAAUUCGAUGACACUCUGGCUCAGACACCAGAAUGUUUUGACGAUUUUCAGUAGCAUUCGUUUAGGAUUUUCAAACAACCUGGUCUCUUUUAAAAUACUUUUAAUUUGUUCUUACGUGGUUUUCCAGAUGUAGUGGCGACAACAUUAAAGUUUAAAGAAGAAAAUUCUAACAUUUAAACCGACUAAACAAUAACAUAGUAAACUUGCAUAAUUAAACAGCAACUAAAAAUGAUAGGUUUUACUAAAUCUUUUCCUGUGCAAUUAUUACUAGCAUUGGAGACAAGGAUAAUAGUUUGUUUGAAAGAGAAAAGAACAGGCUUUGAAGUAAGCCUAAAAGCGUUUAACUAGAUAUAGUAUUUCGAAAGUUAUUAAGCACAAAAGAUGAAUUGCGUUUAUUUUGAUACACCCUGUAUAGUAACAUUAGAUUGCUCAAUUGUUUGUGUUCAUUCGUAUGCUUACUUUCAAUUCUAGUUUUUAAAUUAAACUAAUAUCUAUAUUUCGCUGCGGUUUCUUUGACAAAUAAUUUCUUUGACAUCUUUGUCAAUAUUUGUCUUCUUCGACAAUAAAACCAGAAUAUAGCCGCAGGCGAAAAUUUUGUUUUUACCCAUCGAAUGAAACAGACAUUUUAUAGAAGUCGCCAGUCACAUUUUAUAGAAGUAACCAAAAAAAGAAAUUCUACAUCAACUUGUUGAAAAAUGUGGAACAAGCAGCAUCAUCAAUAUCAGAUAGCCUGCAUGAUGAAAGGUUGAUAAACUAUGCAGUGUAAUAUGAAGUAAAUCAGGAUAUUUCGUCUCCCAUCUCUGUAUUUCAGACCCACAAAUACAAGCCCACAAACGACUGAUAUAAUCCAUAAACCAACCAAAGUAAGCGAUCAAUUGCAACCAACUACACUAAACUCACAAUCAAGCAUAGUUAUUCCGCAGCCAGCCAACGCAAGCCCAUCACCAACCGACAUUAACACAUCACCAACAGACGCAAGUCUACCAUCAAUCGACUCAACACCAUCGCUAACCGACACAAGCCCAUCACCAACCGACACAAGCACAUCAACAAUGGACACGAGCGCAUCACCAAUGCAGAAAAGCUCAUUGCCAACGGAUACAAGCAGACGACCAACCAACGCAAGCCCAUCACCAACCGAGGCAAGCACACGACCAACCAAGGCAAGCCCAUCACCAACAGAGGCAAGCACACGACCAACCAACGCAAGCCCAUCACCAACCGAGGCAAGCACACGACCAACCAACGCAAGCCCAUCACCAACAGAGGCAAGCACACGACCAACCAACGCAAGCCCAUCACCAACCGAGGCAAGCACAGGACCAACCAACGCAAGUCAAUCAUCAACCGAAGUAAAUACGCGACCAACCAACGCAAGCCCAUCACCAACCGAGGCAAGCACACGACCAAUGGACUCAACCACAUCACAAACUGGCGCAAGCACACCAGCAACAAACGAAAGUCCACAACCAACAAAUGUAAGCCCACCAUCUACAAACACAAGCCCACGCCCAAGCCCACAGCCAACAAAUGCAAGCACACCAUCAACAACCAUAGGAUGUAAAUGCGCAGAACCGCCCCAAAAGAAACCAGUAAAAAAGGACGACUGCUUCAAAGGUACGUACUUUUUACAAUGGCAAUGUACUAUACGUAAUUUCUAUCUGCAGAAUUUGGACCUAAGACUCCACCUUAUAACUCAUCAUUCCAGGGCUAGCAUGUAGUGAUCUAUCUAAAUGUUAAAAUAGGAACUGAAAUGAAAAAAAAGGAAAUUUGCUUCAUUUCCACGAUUUUCCAAGUACCAAAAAAAUGCCGUUUACACACCGAGUUAUUUAUAGAUUUGUGAAUAUAUGUAAGUGAAACAUCUGUUAUUACUUUUAGAAGAUCUUUGGGAUGAAGCAAAGUUAAUUUUUACUUCAUUUCCUCUUUAGACAGAAAACUGGAUGCAGGGAGAAGAUUUUGUCAUGUUCUGCUAUUAGAUUUUGAGCUUAAUUAACUGUUAAUUUACACCAUAUUAUAUACGGAGAAGGGGUGAUGGAGAUGGGGGGUUCUGUAGACUAAGAGGUUACACAAGGAUAGUGAAAAGGUGGGAGAGAAAAAGUUUAAGACCAACUGCAUAACAACCAGUUUGGCAAAUCCACAAAAUAAAUUGAAUGCUUAAUACAUAGUAUGUUACCCAUUUCAGUAUGUACACAUUUCAGUGAAUCGCGGGCAGUUAACGUUCGACGCAGAAGGACAAGAAGGAGGAAGGUUCCACAGCCGAAAGCUUCAUGUUCCGACUGACAAGUCUGGUUUAACCAUAGGACGCGGAUACGACAUGAAAGAAAAAACUAAAAAACAAAUUGAAACAGACCUCAGAAAAGCAGGGAUAGAUAAAGCAAAAGCAAAACUGCUUUCUUGUGCUGCGGGACUUCGGGGCAAAGCUGCCAAAAAGUUUAUCAAGGUAAUCUUUCUUAUAUCGAGAAAAUAUUUCUUGUACCAAAGUAAUAUUUUUAUGUAGCUAGGAAAUAUCUUGGGGUAAGGCAAUAUAUUUUUUAGGCCGUAUCAAAAUAACACAUCUCACGUUAUGUUUUCGUUAGCUUACGAACUGCAUAUUUGUGGCUUUAGCACUGUACACAUUUCCCCAAUAUUUUUUCGAAUUUCAAUGAAUCUAAAACAACACUCUGAAAAACAUUUGCUAUUGUUUAAGCCUUUUACUGUUCAUAUUUUCCUUAAAAAAUCAGCCUUUCGCAUGCUAAAUUAAUGCUUUUACCUAAUUUGCAUAUUGCUGACAUAUGCAAAUUAGGCAAAGGCAUUAAUUAGCAUGCAAUUAUUUAGGAAAAAAUGUAAGUUUUGAUCAAGCUAAAGCAAAUUGUCUGAAACUUUGUACAGUAAUUAAACACCCAACAAACUUUCCAUCCAUUAACUCAAAAUAUGAUUAAAGCUUUUAAAUUCCGUGCGCAAGCCAUUUUUAAUUUGUUGGAAAAGACUAACACUCCUGUUUCACAAGGAGUGAAGAGUGCGGGAGAUUUUUUUCAUUAUUCUACAUUUUAAGUACCCAAACAAGCUACAUAUAUAAAAAAAACUCGAUGCUGAUAGCUGUUUUGCGAAAUUGGAAUUAGUGAGUGCUCUCUGAAGCAAAUAACUGUUUUGUGUUUCCACAUUAUCUACAGGACAACAAACUGGAAAACUUUGAAAUAACUCCAUGUCAACAAAAGAAACUUUUUGAAAUCACUUACGAAGCAAUGGAGAAGGAUGUACGUAGAAUCGUAAAUAAGAAAGAUGUUGUAGAACUUUACGGUAAAACCGAUUGGAACAAACUACUUCCUGCCAUUAAGGAAAUACUUAUUGACUUACGAUUUCGUGGAGAUUACACGCCAGAAACACGGAAGAUAAUACAACGGGCAGUCGCUGAAAAUGACUUGAAAACAUUCACCGCCCUUAUGGAAGACAGGAACAAUUGGAAGAACGUUCCGAAAGAUAGGUUUCAGAGACGUGUUAAUUUUCUACUAAACUUUAAAGUGAAUCGCGGGCAGUUAACGUUCGACGCAGAAGGACAAGAAGGAGGAAGGUUCCACAGCCGAAAGCUUCAUGUUCCGACUGACAAGUCUGGUUUAACCAUAGGACGGGGAUACGACAUGAAAGAUAAACCUAAAAAACAAAUUGAAAAAGAUCUGAGAGAAGCAGGGAUUUGCAAGGCAAAACUGCUUUCUUGUGCUGCGGGACUUCGGGGCAAAGCUGCUAAAAAGUUUAUCAAGGUAAUCUUUCUUAUAUCGAGAAAAUAUUUCUUGUACCAAAGUAAUAUUUUUAUGUAGCUAGGUAAUAUCUUGCGGUAAGGCAAUAUAUUUUUUAGGCCGUAUCAAAGUAACACAUCUCACGUUAUGUUUUCGUUAGCUUACGACCUACAUAUUUGUGGCUUUAGCACUGGACACAUUUCCCCAAUAUUUUUUCGAAUUUCAAUGAAUCUAAAACAACACUCUGAAAAACAUUUGCUAUUGUUUAAGCCUUUUAAUGUUCAUAUUUUCCUUAAAAAAUCAGUCUUUCGCAUGCUAAAUUAAUGCUUUUACCUAAUUUGCAUAUUGCUGACAUAUGCAAAUUAGGCAAAAGCAUUAAUUAGCAUGCAAUUAUUUAGGAAAAAAAUGUUAGUUUUUAUUAAGCUAAAGCAAAUUGUCUGAAACUUUGUACAGUAAUUAAACAUAAUUAAAAACAUAAACGUUCUCUGACUAAAAUUUUAUUUAAAAACGAGCUUUCGACUACCUAACUGUAGUCUUCGACGGGUAAAGCGGAAUUUUUUUAAAUAAAAUUUAAGUCAGAGAACGUUUAUGUUCUUAAUUAUGUCUAAACCUGGCUACGCUAUCUCCAUAUUUUCUAGUAAUUAAACACACAACAAACUUCCAUCCAUUAACUCAAAAUAUGAUUAAAGCUUUUAAAUUCCGUGAGCAAGCCAUUUUUAAUUUGUUGGAAAAGACUAACAGUCCUGUUUCACAAGGAGUGAAGAGUGCGGGAGAUUUUUUUCAUUAUUCUACAUUUUAAGUACCCAAAGAAGCUACAUAUAUAAAAAAACUGGACACAAAUAGCUGUUUUGCGAAAUUGGAAUUAGUGAGUGUUCUCUGAAGCAAAUAACUGUUUUGUGUUUCCACAUUAUCUACAGGACAACAAACUGGAAAACUUUGAAAUAACUCCAUGUCAACAAAAGAAACUUUUUGAAAUCACUUACGAAGCAAUGGAGAAGGAUGUACGUAGAAUCGUAAAUAAGAAAGAUGUUGUAGAACUUUACGGUAAAACCGAUUGGAACAAACUACUUCCUGCCAUUAAGGAAAUACUUAUUGACUUACGAUUUCGUGGAGAUUACACGCCAGAAACACGCAAGAUAAUACAACGGGCAGUCGCUAAAAAUGACUUGAAAACAUUCACCGCCCUUAUUGUAGACAGGAGCAAUUGGAAGAACGUUCCGAAAGAUAGGUAUCAGAGACGUGUUAAUUUUCUACUAAACUUUAAAGUGAAUCGCGCGGGCAGUUAA